AUGGCGAGUUUAUUAGAUCUGUGCGAACAGUACUUCGGCGCUCGUAACUUUUACGACGUGUUAAAAAUAUCGAAGACUGCAGACGACAAGCAAGUUAAAAAGGCUUACCACAAGCUAUCGUUGCUUGUACAUCCGGAUAGGGUCGAGGAGAAUAUUAAGGCGGAAGCGACGGAGAAAUUUAAGGUUCUCGGUAGGAUACAUUCCAUCCUCAGUGACAGCGAAAAACGCAAGGUUUACGAUGAAUCCGGCCAGUAUGAUGAAGAAAGCGAGGAGGUCGUAAUGCGCAAUUGGGCAGAUUAUUGGCGGUCCUUAUUUAAAGAAAUUACUGUUGAAGAUAUCAAUAAUUAUGAGAAAAAUUACAAGGGAUCAGAGACAGAAAUCAAGGAUCUCAAAAGAGCAUACACAGACAGUAAAGGAGAUAUGGAUUAUAUUCUAGAAGCUGUUCCAUUUACAAACUGUGAUGAAGAACCCAGACUUCAUGCCAUAAUUCAAGAUCUAAUAGAAAGAGGUGAAGUUCCAGAAUAUACAACUUUUACUAAUGAAAAUAAAAAAAAGAAGCAGCGUAGGAGAAGAAAGGAAGUAUGA